GGAGCCUCCAGCCUAUGGGGAGGAGUUCGGACGCUCGCGCCAAUCACCAUGGCUCUCCGCGGGAGGGGCUCGCGUUUUGAAUUGGCUGUGGCGGCCACCGGCGGGGAAUGGCGGUGUCUGUGAGAGCAGCCGGAGUUUGAAAGCUGGAACUCUCAGGGCUUUCUUUUUGAGAGUGCCAACAUAGAAGAGUUGAGACCAUGGCUGGAAAUAGUUUAUUGUCAUCCACUGAGAGGACUAGUUUGGCAGACUCAUCCAUUUUUGAUUUUAAAGUUACUGAAACUUCCAAGGAAAACUUAUGUGUUGGAUCUGCUUCAUAUGUUGAAGAAGAAAUGCCUCAGAUUGAAACGAGAGUGAUAUUGGUUCAAGAAGCUGGAAAACAAGAAGAACUUAUAAAAGCCCUAAAGACUAUUAAAAUAAUGGAAGUCCCUGUUAUAAAGAUAAAGGAAAGUUGUCCUGGAAAAUCGGAUGAAAAAUUAAUAAAAAGUAUUGUUAAUAUGGAAAUUAAAGCACACUUUGUAAAGAUGGAGUCAAUGGAAGAAUUUGAAGGUUUGGAUUCUCCAGAAUUUGAAAAUGUAUUCAUAGUCAUGGACUUCCAGGAUUCUGUUUUUAAUGACUUAUACAAGACUGAUUGUAGAGUUAUUGGACCACCAGUUGUUUUACAAUGUUCACAAAAAGGAGAGCCUUUGCCAUUUUCAUGUCGCCCAUUGUAUUGUACAAGUAUGAUGAAUCUAGUACUGUGCUUUACUGGAUUCAGAAAGAAAGAAGAACUAGUCAGAUUGGUAACAUUGGUCCAUCACAUGGGUGGGGUAAUUCGAAGAGACUUCAAUUCAAAAGUUACGCAUUUGGUGGCAAAUUGUACCCAAGGAGAAAAAUUCAGGGUUGCUGUAAGUCUGGGUACUCCAAUUAUGAAGCCAGAAUGGAUUUAUAAAGCUUGGGAAAGGCGGAAUGAACAGGAUUUCUGUGCAGCUGAUGAUGACUUUAGAAAUGAAUUUAAAGUUCCUCCAUUUCAAGAUUGUGUUUUAAGUUUCCUCGGAUUUUCCGAUGAAGAGAAAAGCAAUAUGGAAGAAAUGACAAAAAUGCAAGGAGGUAACUACUUACCAGUUGGAGAUGAAAGAUGCACUCACCUUAUAGUUGAAGAGAAUAUAGUAAAAGAACUUCCCUUUGAACCUUCUAAGAAACUUUAUGUUGUCAAGCAAGAGUGGUUUUGGGGAAGCAUUCAAAUGGAUGCCCGAGCUGGAGAAACUAUGUAUUUAUAUGAAAAGGCUAAUACUCCUGAGCUCAAGAAAUCAGUGUCGCUGCUUUCUCUAAAUACCCCAAACAGCACUCGCAAAAGACGUCGUUUAAAAGAGACACUUGCUCAGCUUUCCAGAGAGACAGAUCUGUCACCUUUCCCUCCCCGUAAGCGCCCGUCAGCUGAACAUUCCCUUUCUAUAGGGUCACUCCUAGAUAUCUCCAAUACACCAGAAUCUAGCAUUAACUGUGGAGAAACCCCAAAGUCUUGUACUAAGUCUUCUAAAAAUUCCACUCCAGUUCCUUCAAAGCAGUCAGCUAGGUGGCAAGUUGCAAAGGAGCUCUAUCAGACUGAAAGUAAUUAUGUAAAUAUACUGGCUACAAUUAUUCAGUUAUUUCAAGUACCAUUGGAAGAGGAAGGACAACGUGGUGGACCUAUACUUGCAUCAGAAGAGAUUAAAACCAUUUUUGGCAGCAUCCCAGAUAUCUUUGACGUACACACUAAAAUAAAGGAUGAUCUUGAAGACCUUAUGGUGAAUUGGGAUGAAAGCAAAAGCAUUGGUGACAUUUUUCUUAAAUAUUCAAAAGAUUUGGUAAAAACCUACCCGCCCUUUGUAAACUUCUUUGAAAUGAGCAAGGAAACAAUUAUUAAAUGUGAAAAACAGAAACCAAGAUUUCAUGCAUUUCUCAAGAUAAACCAAGCCAAACCAGAAUGUGGACGGCAAAGCCUUGUUGAACUUCUUAUUCGACCAGUACAGAGGUUACCCAGUGUUGCAUUACUUUUAAAUGAUCUUAAGAAGCAUACAACUGAUGAAAAUCCUGACAAAGGCACUUUAGAAAAAGCUAUUGGAUCACUAAAGGAAGUAAUGACGCAUAUUAAUGAGGAUAAAAGAAAAACAGAAGCUCAAAAACAAAUUUUUGAUGUUGUUUAUGAAGUAGAUGGUUGCCCGGCUAAUCUUUUAUCUUCUCACCGAAGCUUAGUACAGCGAGUUGAAACAAUUUCUCUAGGUGAGCACCCCUGUGACAGAGGAGAACAAGUAACUCUCUUCCUCUUCAAUGACUGCCUAGAGAUAGCAAGAAAACGGCAUAAGGUUAUUGGUAAUUUUAGGAGUCCUCAUGGCCAUGCCCGACCUCCAGCCUCUCUUAAGCAUAUUCAUCUAAUGCCUCUUUCUCAGAUUAAGAAGGUGCUGGACAUAAGAGAGACAGAAGAUUGCCACAAUGCUUUUGCCUUGCUUGUGAGGCCCCCAACAGAGCAGGCAAACAUACUGCUCAGUUUCCAGAUGACAUCAGAUGAACUUCCAAAAGAAGACUGGCUAAGGAUGCUGUGUCGACAUGUAGCCAAUACCAUUUGCAAAGCUGAUGCUGAGAAUCUUAUUUACACUGCUGAUCCAGAAUCCUUUGAAGUAAAUACAAAAGAUAUGGACAGUACAUUGAGUAGAGCUUCUAGAGCAAUAAAAAAGACUUCAAAAAAGGUUACAAGAGCAUUUUCUUUCUCCAAAACUCCAAAAAGAGCUCUACGAAGGGCUCUCAUGACUUCCCACAGCUCAGUGGAGGGAAAAAGCCCUCCCAGUAGUGAUAAACAUGUUGUGAGUCGUCUGUCCAGCACAUCAUCGUUAGCAAUUACCCGUUCUGUUUCCACAAGCAAUGUAAUUGGAUUUACUAAGCAUGUUAAUGUUCAGCGCUCAGGCUCUACGGGUGGGCACGCUAAAUACUCCUGGUUUCCAUCCACACGUCAUUCUGCCUCCCAACCUAGUUUUUCAGAGAUACUAGAAGGAAAUAUUGAUUUUUCAAAUUUCAAAAAAGGUUCUUUUCACGUCAUCUUUGACAUUUGUGAAGAAUUAGGAGAUUUGCCAAGCACUAAUGGAAGCAAGCCUCAUGAAGUUUGAUGGCAUCUCAUCUCCCUCCCUUGUCAGCCUUCCUUCCUUCUUUGAAAGGAGAAGUCAUACUUUAAGUAGAUCUACAACUCAUUUGAUAUGAAGCUCUAAAACUCUAAAAUUAUAGAAAUGUAUAAACACUUGAUACUCAAAUAACAAACUGACUUAAAUGGUACUUGUAAUUAGCAUUUGCUGAAAGCCAGAAAGAAGAAACACUAAACUAUGCUAUUUGAUUUUCUUCUUGGAAGAGUAAGGUUUACCUCUUAUAUUUUUCAAGUUAAUUCAUGUAAAAAAUUAUAUUGAUUUUGAUGUAAUUUAUCUCCUUGUUCAAAUCCCUAUUUGAGGACCAGUAAUUUAAGUUAUUCAUGAUAUCAGUAGCUUUGCAACACUGAAACAGCGAGUAAAUUUUAUUGGGUGGGUGCCAAAUACUGCUGUGAGUCUGUCUGUAUAUGUCUGGGAAUGAAUUUAUGGAAAUAGAUGUUGGUGUAUCUCAGUUUCUGCAGAGAUUAAAUGAUUUUGCUGUACUUACUCGAUUUAAAAUACUUGCAUAGGUUCCUGAUUAAAUAGUGGGGUCUUGUUUCACCUGUGCCGUUUAAAAUAUUUAACUAUUUCUUCUUCAGUUUUUUUUUCUUCAAAUGUUUUCAAGAGCCUGCCAUGUGGAUUUUAAAAGAUUUACCCUUAUUAAUAAGACCACUAUUUAAAGGAGAUUGUUUCAGAAUAUCUUUUCAAAUUGAGAUAAAGAAAGAUGAAAAAACAUUGUAUACUUUGCAAAAGCAAGAUGUUAGUAUAUAUUUGUAGCUGAGAUAGUCCUGUGAUUACCUAUUUUUGGUGAUUUUAGUCACUAGCAAAACUUGAUUUAGUUUGAUAGUGUAAUUUUAUUUCAAACUGUAAGACCAUGUGGUAAAAAAGUGUGAUAAAGAAUGUUUAUUCCUUUUAUGAAAUAAUUCUAAAGUUUCAUAAGUAAAUUUUACUAAUCUCCUGGAAAAUGCUUAAAUAUAUGUUUCAUCAACUUUUUAUUGUGGUCUAUAAUUCAAAUAAAAUUGAAAAUUUAUUUGCUAUUGUAAAAUUUAUUUCAAAGCUUGAUGUUAUCUUUCACAGUAGCUUUUUUGUAUAGUUAGUAAUACAAAAUAGUCAGGUUCCUGUGAAUAAAUGCAUUUCUUCCUACUCAUUUAGGGAGUGCUGCACAUGUUUGUCAGUUAUCUGCUCUAAUAGUUUAACUGACUUUUUUUCUAUAUCACAUAUUGGUACUUCUGAGUAAAUGACCCUUUGCUAUAUUUUUUAAGCAGUUGUAUUGGUAAGAACUUUGUAAAUAAAAUAGCUAAAACCUAAGU